AUGUAUACUGCUGGGUUCCUCGUCGUUGCCAGUCUCCUGGCCGCAUCUGCCAAUGCUUAUCCCGAAUUCAACGAGAGGAGAGAUUGCUCCCACAACAACUGUCUCCGUGCUGUUAUCGCCAGCGCGGUCCCUGGGGGCAAUGCGCGAGGCUCAGCUGACUGCUCCUCCUACUUCCGCAAGACCGUGACGGCCUCUGCAGCCACUGCGACCAUUACCCUCACUAGUACCUUGACCGGGGACCCAGUCUAUAGCACCGUCACCAGCGUUAGCGUUGUGCCUGUGACUGUAACAACAAGUGUGUGCACGGCGGCGGUGGUUACUGUAGUCCCUCGCGCAGACAAGCGAGAAGUCACUGCCGAUGAUCUCAAUGCUCUGCCGGUUCAUCAAGAGGUCCAUCAGGUCCGCCAUGCCCGUGCUUGCCCUGCCAAACCUCCAGCUUCCUCCACCGCCAGCACGUCUUCCACUACCGCUGCUGCCACCAGCACAUCUUCCACUUCCACUGCUACCACCACCACCAAAGCCACCACCACAGCGACCCCCGUUUCAGGUAUUCCCACAUACGCCUCAGCCUGCGGUGGCGUUUCUGCCUACUCGUCCGCGUGCUCCUGCAAUGGUAUCCCGGAGUCUACGGUGACCCUUCCCCAGGUCACCAAUACGGUCACCGCAUGGGCUAGCCAGACUGUCAUUCCGACCUCAGCCACGACCGUCGACAUUGUGUCCAGCUCCACCACCACUGUUACCAUUGCCGCGAAUCCGACCAUCCUCGGCCCAUCGUUUUAUGUUAUGGACGCGGCGAAUGGAAGAACUCUCGCUGCGGGGGGCAGCGGUCUCCAACUCAUUGAAAGUGCGAAUUCUCAUGCACCCCUCACUAUCAACGGCUGUGGGAGGGUGGCAUCAGCCGUCCUGACGAACAAUUACCUAGUUUCCGCUGGUACCGGCAGCGGUGAUGAAAUUUCCUUCGCCACCAACCCGUCUAGCGGUUCCAUUCACUGCACGGUCCAGAACCCGUCUGUCCCCUCUGGUUCGUUCACUUGCCAGAGCGACAAUGGCGUGGAUACCGUCCUCAACGUAUGCCCCGGGAACAACGUCGUCCAACUCAGCUCGGCCCCCAUGGCCGGCUGCCUGCAGCCUGAUUUCACUGUCGUCCACACCUAACGAUGCCGAUCAGGAGUUAUCGGAAGUUUGAGUAAACGUGAUGUGUUAUGUCGCAUUAUACAGCUUGCAUGGUAUACAUAAAGAACAAUAUACCUACCUAAUUACAUUUAUGUUGCACUUGCU